AUGAAUUCAAAGAGACCUUUAAAGCCAUUUGCUUUCGGAUUUUCGCAGGGCUCAGCAGCCAAGUCCAAAUCAUUGCUUGAUCCGGAAGAACAAGCCGAAACUCAUAAAAAGCCAACGGCAUUGGAUUACUUUUCCGAUGAAGAUUCCCAACCAAAAAAACGAAAACUUGUAAAACUAGACGAGGACUUAGAGGAAGACUUUGAUAAACAUGAUGGAGCAAGUAAUUUAUCCAACGUUAAUGAAGAUUAUGUUGGUGAUCUAGAAGACGAUAGACCUCCACCUCCUCGGACUUCAACCGGAAUUCGAGGAUUUGUGCCUCAGGGCUUUAGUUUUAACAAGAAUGUCACUAAUAUUCAUGAGAAUAUGCCUGAUAAUAAACUGGAUGUGCAAAAUGACGAUGAAAUUGACGAUCCUCUCGAUGCUUUUAUGCUUGAUAUUGAUAGCCAAGUUCAAAAAGAAAGUCAAAGCAAAUCUAUACAAGAAAAAAUUCGUAGAGAUGAUAUUGAAGAUGAAGAUUUUGUUGAAAGUUAUGUAAAUCAUAUGAAGAAAAAAGGAAUUGAAGUCGGUAAAAGUCAACGACCAAUUGAAAAGGAUGAGAAUGUGAAUUCGGAUGAGGAAGUAUAUGCUACUGCGAAGGCUAUUGAUGCACAACUUGAAUACGACUCUGAUGAUAAUCCAGUUGUGGAACAAAAGCGCAAAGACAUCGAACCACUCCCAGCCGUUGAUCAUUCUCAAAUUGAAUAUCCAGAAAUUGAGAAAUUUUUUUAUGAAGAACAUCCAGAUAUUGCCGAGUUAUCCGAUGAACGUGUCAAGGAAAUACGUCGAGAACUUGAUAUGCAUGUAUCUGGUGCUGAUGUAGCAAAGCCUUGCAUUUCCUUUGCACACUUUGGGUUUGACGAGGCUUUACUGAACGUUAUUAUUAAACAUGGAUAUUCUGAACCAACGGGAAUUCAAAAGCAGGCAGUACCCGUUGCAAUGUCCGGUAGAGACAUUAUUGGUAUUGCAAAAACAGGCUCCGGUAAAACUGCCGCUUUUAUUUGGCCCAUGUUGAUACAUAUCAUGGAUCAAGAAGAAUUACAAAAAGGCGAAGGGCCAAUUGGUUUAAUAUUAGCGCCGACAAGGGAAUUGGCAAGCCAGAUAUACAUUGAAGCCAAAAAAUUUGCAAAGAGUUACGGUCUGAGAGUUGCAGCAGUUUAUGGAGGUGCUUCGAAAAUGGAUCAAUUCAAAGAACUCCGACCUGGUGGAAUAGAGAUACUAGUGGGUACCCCGGGAAGACUUAUUGAUAUGGUCAAAAUGAAAGCGACGAAUUUUCGACGAGUUAGCUUCUUAGUCCUUGAUGAAGCUGACCGAAUGUUUGAUCUUGGCUUUGAACCGCAAGUCCGUUCCAUUUGUGACAAUAUUAGACCAGAUAGGCAAACGUUAUUGUUUAGUGCUACAUUCCCCCAAAAAGUUGAGAUUCUAGCUCGCGAAGUGACCACUGAACCAGUAAGGAUUUCCAUUGGUAGCGUUGGCCAGGCGAAUACUGAUAUCACGCAAAGGAUAGAAAUUUUGACUGAUGACGGAUACAAGUGGGGUUGGUUAAUGAGCCAUUUAGCAUCAUUUUGUGUUGAGGGUAGUGUUCUCAUUUUUGUCAGUCGCAAAGAUGGCGUUGAAGCGUUGUCAAGCAAUUUAAAUCAAGUCGGUUAUGAAUGUGGAGCAUUACAUGGCGAUAUGAUGCAGGUCGAUCGUGACAAAGUAUUGAAAGAUUUUAAAAAUAAUAAAUUUCCAAUCAUGGUUGCGACUGAUGUAGCUGCAAGGGGGCUUGAUAUAAAGGCUGUCAAAACCGUCGUCAAUUAUGAUAUCGCACGUGACAUAGAUUCACAUGUACAUCGGAUUGGUAGAACAGGCCGAGCGGGAGAGAAAGGUACCGCUUAUACACUUAUCACCCAAAAAGAAGAUAAAUUUGCUGGGGACCUAGUGAGAAACUUAGAAGCAUCAGGUCAACAGGUCCCUGACAAUCUGAUGAACUUAGCGUUGCAGAACUCGAGAUUCAGGAAAUCACGAAGCAUGAUACGUAGAGGGCGUGGUAGAUCCGGUGGGCGGGGUCGUGGUUACGGAAGAGGUCGUGGUAGAGGUCGUGGGUCAAUUGGUUCUAAUUCAAAUGCAAUACCACUUAGAGGAAGAGCAGGCAUUGGAAGUGCAGGUGCACAGAUACCUCCACCUCCACAACUUGAUUA